UUUCUGGUUCCUGCGGCAUACUCAUUUCUUCAUCGACGCAACUUUUAAGUUGGACUCCUUGGUGGCCAUUGGUUUCGUUUGGAUCAUAUUCGAUGCUGUCUGUCGGACCUUGUUGACUGAUACCAAUGUCGUACAUUACAGGAUUAUACAAGUAAUACUCAACCUCGAACGCGCUUUAUAUUCGGCUGUAUGUAAUCACAACAAUGUGCGAUUCCGGUUGGUUCAAAAAACAGUUUGGGGACGAGAUGUGUCGAUAUAGUUGGCGGGUCGUUCUAAGUCUAGCGUUCAUGGUCAAUGCGGGUCACUGAGGCCGAGGGCUGUUGGAGCUUGUACGCUAUUCCACGCCAACUCCGUUUCAUGUCAUGGUAAUGAUGUCGUAUCAUCUCCGAAACGCCUCGGCCAAACACAGCUACGUCGGCUAAGAUUUAGAAAUGCAAUGCAGAUUUAGAGGACCCCUCCAAAGUCUAGAACGGAUGGUCCUUUUCGAACUCUGGUAGCAUCUGUGUCGGCUUAACCCGCCCUAGACACCCUUGAGCGGUUCAGAAAAGCUUUUGGUUUAGAAAAGGCCACGGAAAGUCCUCCACUGCGACCUGAACCGCGCUCUGCCUUCCGAUGCCGAUUAUUGCCGUACCGAACUGGAACCAUGUGGAGGGAGACAUCCAGUCUCCCUCAGCCCUGAAUCAGCACUCAUAUGGCUUUCCCACUCGCUACAUCCCAAACGACGACGACGACGACGAUGAUAGGACGCAAUUCUCGAAAUCAAAGUGGCUGUUACGCGGAGUUCAACGUCCUCUGCCUGCAAAAUUGGAAGUCUUAUAUAGGAGGUGAAGAGGAAUGGUUUGGAGAAGCGCCAUCUUACGUAUGCGCUGUGGUGUCCUCGACUGAUACGGGAAAGCCGAUUCAUUUUAUUCAUUAUUGUCUCCUCCCACGACCCGCCGAGUCCGAUAUAAAGCGAAUUGAGGGUGGAGGGUGAGAAGGGAGCUGACGUUGUGAACAUGCCCUCGACCGCUCGUAAGACGUGGUUUUCCCUUGCUUUUCUCGCCGCGUCGAGUUUGGGGGCAUUUUUCGAGGAUAUCUCGGUCGUUCCUCAAGGCAGCUAUGAUUUCAUAGUCAUUGGAGGAGGUACAGCGGGUUUAGUAGUCGCGAAUAGGCUCAGCGAAAAUCCAAAAGUUUCAGUUCUCGUUAUUGAAGCCGGUGUUUCAAAUAAGGAUGUAUUGAAUCUCGAAGUACCAUUCUUUUGCACCCGCGCGGCUCCUAGAACCGCAUACGACUGGAAUUAUACAACCGUACCCCAAGAACAGCUCAGUGGCAGGUCACUCGACUACAAUCGUGGAUACACAUUGGGAGGGAGUAGCAGCAUCAAUUACAUGGCUUAUACCCGUGGCUCCUCAGAAGAAUACGAUCGCAUAGCCCAAAUUACCGGAGAUGUGGGCUGGUCGUGGAAGAGCCUUCAACCAUUCAUUCUCCGCAACGAAAUCGUCACCCCACCAGCCGACCACCAUAACACUGAAGGCCAAUACAAUCCCGCGGUACAUGGUCAUGAUGGAGUGAAUUCAGACAGUCUUCCGGGUUUCCCAACGCCGAUUGAUGAGCGGUUUAUGCGAGGUGCCCAAGAGCUUUCAAAUGAAUUCCCAUACAAUGAAGAUUAUAACAGCGGCAACCACCUCGGUCUAGGGUGGGCAAUAGCUACUAUUCGUGAUGGAGCACGAAGUAGCUCAGCUACCUCCUACCUCGGACCGAAGUACGCUGCACGACCGAAUCUCCAUGUCGUUGUGAAUUCUCGGGUAACUCGAGUUCUUUCCUCGAGCGAGCAGCCUAUCGGAAACGAUAAUGAGGGAAAAGCACCCACCAAGGUCGUCUCUAUGGAUACGGUAGAGGUUGCGAAUUCGCCUGAUGGUCCGAGAAAACGGAUAACAGCCAAAAAAGAGAUCAUCCUUUCCGCUGGUUCUAUUGGGUCUCCCCAGAUUCUGAUGAACUCCGGAAUAGGGAAUUCAACGGCUUUGGCGAAACUCGGUAUCAGGACUAUCCUAGACAACCCUUCAGUUGGUCAGAACCUCACGGAUCAUCCGGUCCUCGGCAAUACUUGGUUCGUUAACACGACAGAAACAUGGGAGACACUCGUCCGCAACGAGAGUUACGCUGAGGAGGCGCUGCAACUAUGGAAGACGCGACGCCAGGGUCCGCUUGUCAACACAAUAACGACACAACUGGGUUGGCUUCGUAUUCCUGACGACUCGCUUGCAUUCAGGAACCACUCGGAUCCUGCAGCAGGUCCGAAUACUGCUCAUUACGAGUUUGUUUUUGCUAAUGGCCUGAGAGGCACACCACCGCCUGAGGGUAACUUCCUUACAAUCUCUACUGUCGUCGUGUCACCCGUCUCUCGGGGUUCCAUUCAGUUGCGUUCUAACGACCCCUUCGAUGCUCCUCUCAUCAACCCGAAUUUCUUUGGUUCCGAGUUCGACAUGAUUGUCAUGAAAGAGGCAAUUCAAGCUGCUCGUCGUUUCGCUGCUGCCAAGGCAUGGGAGGGUUACAUUCUCAAGCCUUUCUUCAAUUCUACAACGGAUGCAGAGAUCGAGAGUAUGAUACGUGAUACUGCCCGUUCGAUCUACCAUCCUGCAGGGACAGCCGCUAUGACUGCUAAGAAUGCUGGUUAUGGGGUGGUAAAUCCUGACCUGAGGGUCAAAGGGAUAUCUGGCCUUCGUGUCAUUGACGCCUCAGUCUUUCCCUUUAUACCCGCUGCUCAUACGCAGGUCCCUGUUUAUAUCAUAGCUGAAAGAGCGGCUGAUUUGAUAAAGAGUUCAUGGAAUCUCUGAGAAGCAGGGAACUCUGUAAAGCUUUUCAAUUCCUUUGUCCCUCUUGUUACGUUUUAUGUUGAGUCUGGUUAGCCGACCUUCCCGCGAUGUUGUCAACCUUUGGCUACGAUGCGCGUACACUGCAGGGCCACUACAGGAAUUCAGUCCAUGUGUUUGAUUUUGAUUUUGUCGAAUAACGUGGAAGAAGAAGUUCUCCAUUCAAAAUCAUAAUUGAGUAUCGGGUCUCCAUGCAAUAGCCCACGUAAUCUGAGCCAUCAACAAGUUCGAGCUUUAAAUAAUACCGGGUAGGAACGAGGGUCCGCGCACACCACCACCCACUGCUUGUUCCUGCAGCGGUGCAUAUCACCUUCUUUUUCUAAAUGUCCCCCGUUGCUGGAAUACCUUCAGAUGUUCGAAACAU